UAUUUUCAGAAAAAACCACCGAUAGUGGAAGUUGUGAAUCGUGAACUCUUGAUCUGAAGACAGAUUACCCAUGGUCGUUUCAACCAGCGAACUGGCCGUUCUAGUUUUCGUUGUUUUGUGUCUAUCAAUACCUACAUGUUGCCUGAGUUCGCAGGGGAUUUUCGACCAACACGUUGCGCUCUUCGUCUUCGGUGAUUCGCUGUUCGAUCCUGGAAACAACUACAUCAACACCACUACUGAUUUUCAGGCGAAUCAUUGGCCAUAUGGUCAAUCUUACUUCAAUCCUCCGACUGGGAGAUUCUCCGAUGGCCGUCUCAUCCCCGAUUUCAUCGCUGAGUAUGCCGGACUACCUCUCGUUCCGGCGUAUCUCGAACCGGGGAAUAAUGAAUUCACGCACGGAGCAAACUUUGCGUCUGGAGGAGCUGGUGCCUUGAUCGACAGCCAUGCUGGAUUUGUAGUCGAUCUUCAAACACAGCUACAGUACUUUGGCAAUUUAGUAAACCAUUACAAGCAGAGUUUAGGUGAUACCAAAGCUCAACAGCUUCUAUCAAACGCUGUCUACUUGUUUAGCUGUGGAGCCAACGACUACCAAAAGCCUGUUGUCAAUCAUCACAGCAUCUUCCAUCCAUAUACCCAUGAACAAUACGUGGACAUGGUGAUCGGAAACUUGACUAACGUAAUCCAGGGAAUACACGAAAAAGGAGGCAGGAAAUAUGGGUUUGUCACUGCCCCUCUUAUAGGCUGUUGGCCUGGAAUUAGGAUGAGACAACCUGGGAAUACGUGUAGUGUAGAGACUGAUGAUAUCACAAGAUUACACAAUCAAAAACUUUCAAGAAAGCUAAAGAAAUUGGAGAAGGAAUUCGAAGGAUUUAUGUAUGCAAAGUUCGACAUUUCCACCUCCAUUAACAACAGAAUGAAGAACCCAUCAAAAUAUGGGUUUAAGGAAGGAGAGAUUGCAUGUUGUGGUAGUGGUCCAUUUAGGGGGAUUUACAGUUGUGGAGGGAUAAGAGGGAUAAAAGAGUAUGAAGUAUGUGAAAAUUCCAGUGAGUAUUUGUUCUUUGAUUCUUUUCAUCCCAAUGAAGUGGCAAGUCGCCAAUUUGCAGAAAUAUUUUGGAAUGGGGAUUCCAAGAUCACAGAGCCUUAUAAUUUGAAAGCCUUGUUUGAAGGGAUCCCAAAUGAUGAGUUAUGAUUAGUUAAAGUGAAGUGGAAGCCAUGAAAGUUCUUGUAAGAAGGUUAAGUUAGUUGCACAUAUCUUCACAGGUUUUGAUUAAUAUUUGUGUAUUUUGCUUAAAAUUUGGUUUUAGAUAAAAGUUGUUUUGAUUGUUAACACAAGCAUCAUGACAUGUUAUAAUGUGUGUAUAGUAUAUAUACCCUUUAAUCCUAUGUCUACAUUUAUUUUGAAAUGAUAAUAUAGUAUAUUAUUUGGUAA